AGCCUAUACCUUACAAAGAGACUCGAGAGGAAGCGACUCACUGACCCAGAGACAGUAGGAGAGACGGGAGGGGGGAGAGCUAGCAGACCUCAAUGGAAAAGGCAGUAGAAGAGCUAGAGCGAGUGCAAACCCAGAUCCUCCAUCGCAUCUCAAAACUUGAGCUCUCUUUCUCAUCCCAUGACCUCUCUGCAUCUUCCCUCCUCGCUCCUCUUCCCUUCUCCCACGCUGUCUGCGACACCCAAGCUCGCCUCUCCUCCAUCCUCCGUACCAACGGCGUCAACGACUUCUCUUUCAAAAAGGUCCCUUCCGAUUACUACGAUUGGCCCCUCGAAUCACGAAGAGACGCCCUCGCCGCACCCACCAUUCAGCAUCUCUGCAAAAGCAUCGUCUUGGUUAACACUAAAGCCCAGACGAAUGUAAUUGAUUGUAGCGAUCGAAACAAUUCAAAGUAUUAUGUUGUUGUUGUUCAGUAUACUGCUCGAUUCAAUGCUGAAACUGUUAAAAACUUUCUGUAUUUGCUCAACAACGGAAAGAUAGCUAAAAAGAAAUUCAACAUGAGGCUUGCUCCUGAGGAGACUUCAGUGGAGCUAACUGGAUAUGAACACAAUGCAGUGACAUGUAUUGGCAUGAAAACAGAAAUUCCGCGGUUUCAGGUGAUUUUGGAUGAAGCAAUUGUAAAACUUCACCCUGAUUUCUUCUGGUUGGGUGGUGGGGAGGUUGAUCUCAAGCUAGGGAUCAGGACCUCGGAAUUCAUCGACUAUGUGAAACCUUUCAUCGUCAACUGCAGUAGCAGUUGAUUACCUGAGAUGAACCAUCAUCAAACUCAUUAGAGCACAAGUAAAUCUUAGAUGACUGCCCAGUGGAGUCUGAAGCAGGCCAUUCUUCAGCUGCUGUUAAAAAUCCAUUGAUUUUUGCAUGUCACCCAUUUUUGGUGCAAUGAAAAUUUUGCUUUUUGGAGCUGGUGUUUUUUUUUCCCCCUUUGUGGGCACUUAGUGAUACAACAUCACGUCAUUCCUAGUUUCUGGAACUUGAUGAAAGCUGCAUCUUUACUUGUCAUAAAGAUGAAAACAAAUUUAUUUAAAAUUGACUUGCAUUGUAAAGUUAAGAGACAUUUCUAAUGAUUUUCAACAUACCAUUUCAAUUGUCAUGGACAGCAGCAAUCAUUCUCUAGAUCCUUAAUUUAUCAAGUUAAAAAUAAAAACCUUUUUAUUGGAUGUGAACUUUUUAAUACGCUGGUAAUCUCGCGCACACAAGAUCAAUGGGUAUAAUUUUAUGGUUCCCAUAAAGCCUUUUCAACAUUUUAAAGCACCUUGAUGACAGAACAAAACAUCAAAAACAAGAGUGACUGCAUGAUACUGCCUAAAAACAAGAGUUUCAACCUGCACAUAUAUAUACCUUGGAUAGAAUAAAAAUAGAAGCUCGGUUUUUGCAUGUACGCAAAAUACUCGAAAUUACAUUGAAUAAGGCAAUGGUGAUGGCAACAGGAAAAUGAAAUAUGAUGAAAAAAAAAAUAUAUAUAUAUAUAUA